UGUUCCGGGUCAAGGUGUUUUGUUAUGCUUAGCGAAGACCAUUGGUGAAUAGUUUUUGUCUUAACGCGCCAGCCGAGCUUACAAAAGCGUAUUGUCAGUUGAGGUUUAGGUUUUAUAACUUAGUGUAAAAUACCUCAACGCGAUGCAAAGGCCACAAUUUCGACAUCCGCGCCAUGGAUCAGGUCCUGCGGGUUUCCGCAGUCCGCCUCCAGCUUUCGACAGGACAGGCUGUAGGUUACCGUCUCCUCCGUGGGCAUUUUCACCGCCGCCGCCGUUUGGACCGAGAUUUGGACGAUGCUCUCCAAACACACCACCGAGGGAGUUUUUUUGUAAUAGUGGUGGCAGCGGUGGUAAAUAUUUUAACGACCAAUCGCCCGGUCACACACCGCGCAGGUCAAACCCAAGCCCUCGCGGCACACCGUACAGACGCUCGCCGUAUGACAACCAGGGACGACACAGUGGACAACAGGGUUCACCACGGACAUCCACACCGUUUGGCUCAACGCAUGGCAGGGAGAGAGGGACAAAUGAUAUGGAAAAGUAUUACAAACCUUCAAUGCUCCAAGAUCCCUGGGCAGACCUAAAGCCUAUCUCAGUCACAGAAACUCAGUCUAAAUGCAACUCCCAACAAACCACAAACACAGGCAGACAAGGAAGAUAUUAUAACUAAAGCUAAGUACAUUUCAAGGAAAUGUACAGUCCUUUUUAUUUAGUGCAACAUUGCGAUUAUCAUUUAUAAGUCAAACGGAGUCGAGCAUCACCCAAAUGUUCUUGUCAUGGACUUGAUUCAGGAUUCACCAGCAAUAAUUCUUAAGAAGUUGGCUUCAAACAAUAUUUUUUAAAUUCAUAUGUACUUUUCUUAUUCAAGAGACAUUCUUUUACUUUUAUAUCUGUACAACAGGAUCAAAAAAGUUGGUUGCUGUUGUAACUCGCAACCUAUUCAAAGUAGAUUUGGCCAACUCCCAUGGAGUUUGCUUAUCUAUUGAAUUGAGACACGCCUCUUUGAACCUAAAACAAAAGAGGUCUGAUCAACACAUCUACCUCUUAACAUUCCCUGUAUGAUCACUAAGGUCAGUCCAGGUAUUUGUAGGUGUGUCUCCUUUACGAUUUUCUAAGAACUGUUAAUGUUUUAAUUUAAUUUUUUAUUUGUGCUGACCUUUGGUUUUAACAAAUUUCAUAAUUUCUUUUCUGUUUAGUGAUAAACAUUUUCAGACAAGGUCUACUGUUAAAUCAAAAGCCUAAUUUCAUUAAAAUAUAACUCCGUAUAACUCCA